AUCCAUACUCCCAAUCCACCGCCUCGUUUCCGAAGCAUUCAKAUCCUGCCAUGGUGUCCUCUUGGCUCCGGAAUCCCCGGCUUUUCAAACAUGCCUAUGCCUGCACCGUGGGAACGGUUGCCGGAUUUACGGUCGGCCUCGUCGGCUGGGGUGGUGCCCAGGUCCUGAUCCCUGCCAUGACCGCGCCUUUUCCAUCCUUCGCCGGGCACUCGCAGCUCUCCGCCACGGGGAUAUCCCUAUCGAGCCUGUCGGUGUCGACCCUCACCUCCGGGUACUGGUUCUGGGCCGAGGACAGGGUCGUUGUUCCCGUCGCUCUGGCGAUCAGCCUCCCGGCGGUGGCGGCGGCCCGGGCCGGCAGUCAUCUCGCAAGGCGCAUGUCGGGGGAGGCCCUCGCGCUUUUCUACAACGGUUGCAGCGUUGUGUUGAUCCCCACACACUUUUGGAUCCAGAAGCGCGCCGAGGCCAGGGGGAAUCGCCAAUCCCGAGAGUCUACGGAAGGCGGUGGAGUGGACACAACCGGCAGAACAACCGACGCGACGCCGAUGCGCUGGAGAGCAGAGGCCAGCGGAGAUUCCGCAACAACACCACCACCACCAACGCCGGCGUUGUCCCCGUCUCUUUCCGAGUUUUCAUUCGAAUCCAUGCCCUCCUCGGUCUUGGCAAAGCAUGUCUCGUUUGGGAUCGUCUCGGGCAUCCUGAGUUCUCUCAUGGGGGUUGGUGGACUUCCGUUUGCAAUGUCCUACCUCACGGAAGCCACCCGCGGAGACGACGAAGACGAUUUGCCCCACCAUUUGAUCCAGGGAACCGCCAUUUGCUCGCUGCUGCCGGCGAUCAUUGUUUCCGCCGUUUCGAGGGUGGGGGCAACUCCUUUGGGGGAAGCGGGCUGCGUUGCCCUCGGUGCGUUGGUGGGGAGCUACUGGGGAGCCGAGGUCGCCCUCGGGAUGCCUCCGGAAAAACUGCGGACGCUCUACGUGGGGAGCCUCUUUCUUUUUGGUGGGAGGUCGAUGGUGGGGGCCCUUCGGAACUUGCAACAAAUCUACCGCAAGAGCGUUCGUUAAAAAUUUAGCAGCAAUACGAGGCCAGCCAUUCCCACAAUAAGCCGAUACAAACUGC